AUGGACAGGAGUCUGAAGAAUGUCCUCGUAGUUUCCUUCGGGUUCCUGCUUCUGUUCACCGCAUACGGGGGUCUGCAGAGCCUGCAGAGCAGCCUGUACAGCGAGGAAGGCCUGGGCGUGACGGCGCUGAGCACCCUCUAUGGUGCUGUCCUGCUGUCCUCCAUGCUUCUCCCGCCCAUCCUCAUCAAGAGCCUUGGCUGCAAGUGGACCAUCGCCGUGUCCAUGUGUGGCUAUCUGGCCUUCUCCCUGGGCAACUUCAUGGCCAGCUGGUACACUUUGAUUCCCACCUCCAUACUGCUGGGGCUUGGGGCAGCUCCGCUGUGGGCUGCCCACUGCACAUACCUCACGAUUAUGGGGAACACGUACGCAAAGAAGGUGGGAAAGCUCGGCAAAGAUGUGGUGAACCAGUACUUCGGCAUCUUCUUCCUCAUAUUCCAGUCAUCUGGCGUGUGGGGCAAUUUGAUCUCAUCUCUGGUGUUUGGCCAGACCCCCAGUCAAGAGGCCAUCCCAGAAGAGCAGCUUGUGUCCUGUGGGGCCAGUGACUGCCUGAUGGCCACAGCAUCCACCAAUAGCACCCAGCGCCCCUCUCAGGAGCUGAUCUACACUCUACUGGGCAUCUACACUGGGAGCGGUGUUCUGGCCAUUCUGCUAAUAGCUGUGUUCCUUGAGCCCAUACGAGACAUUCACAGUGAUGGAGAGAAGAAAGCAUUGCCUUUCUGGUCCACUUUGCUGUCAACAUUCAAGCUUCUGAGAGACAAACGCCUUUGCCUCCUGGUUCUGCUGCCACUGUACAGUGGGUUGCAGCAAGGGUUCCUCUCCGGAGAAUACACAAGGUCCUACGUCACCUGCGCCCUGGGAAUCCAGUUCGUGGGCUAUGUGAUGAUCUGUUUCUCAACCACUGAUGCACUGUGCUCCUUACUAUAUGGAAAGGUCUCCCAGUACACGGGCAGGAUCCUGCUGUACGUGCUAGGUGCAGUGACCCAGCUGUCCAGUAUCAUAGCCCUCCUGCUGUGGAGACCUCACACCCAGCAACUGGCUGUGUUCUUCGUGUUUCCUGGUCUCUGGGGUGUGGCGGAUGCUGUCUGGCAGACUCAGAACAAUGCUCUCUUCGGGGUCCUGUUCGAGAGGAACAAGGAGGCGGCCUUUGCCAACUACCGCCUGUGGGAGGCACUGGGCUUCGUCAUCGCCUUUGGGUACAGCACAUUCCUGUGUGUCUACGUCAAGCUCUACAUCCUGCUGGGCGUCCUGACCCUGACCAUGGUUGCUUAUGGGACAGUGGAAUAUUGGGAGGCCAAGAACCCAACCACACCGCUGGCUGCGGGACAGACACAACAGGUCGUCGUGGAGGAAGAGAAGCAGACAAAGAUUCACGAUUUGGUUCCAUGUGACUUGGAACUGGACUUCAACUUAGGGACCUUCUGGGGUCACGAGCCCCUUGCAGAGUAUCCUGGAGAAAACGCCAGACUGCUGACGGAGCCUCCUCUGAGCCCCUCGGAGUGUUUCCAGUCAUACUUGGCACAGGCUCUGGCUGUCCUGCAGCCCAUCCCUGGGGUGGUCAUGAUACAUGCACGCGCCUUCCCGCUGCUCCGCGUCUGGGUGGCUGGUGGCUCCUAG